UGCAAGCUUGGGAUUGUUCAUGAAGCUUUCUUACCAUUUAGAGACAUUCUCUGAUAUUGCUGACACUGAAACAUUAAAGAAAAUUUAAAAAGCAAUGUGCCUCCUGAAGCUGCCAGUAGUUCUCAUCGUACUCUCCGUUGCAUUAAACCACCUGAAAGCUACUCCCAUCAAAAGUCACCAGAUGGAAAAGCGGAAAUGCAACACUGCCACGUGUGUGACUCAACGCCUGGCAAAUUUCUUAGUUCGUUCCAGCAACAAUCUUGGUGCCAUUCUCUUGCCAACUGAUGUGGGAUCCAAUACAUAUGGCAAGAGGAACACAGCUGAGAUUUUAAACAGGGGGCCAAUGAAUUACUUACCGCUUUAGAGGUCCAUGUAUCUCUACAGUUCUUAUUGUUUGUAUAAAUAUACUAGUGACUUCCUGUGUAAUUUAGCAUAAGCUUGAACAUGGAUGUUAUGUCCCAUGUUUACUGCCAGUACAUAUAAAUUGUGGUGGUAAGAAUUGUUUUAAAUUUAAUGCUAAUUGAUAUCCCAUAAUAAAAAAGUCAGUGUCUUCAAAAAUGAAGUUUUCUUGCUACUGAUUUUUAUUUUGAAAACAUAUUAAAAACUCAUUCUUGCCUAUAUUUUUAUGACCCGUGUUUGAGAACAAAAGAGAAAAUGGUAUUUGGAAACUUGGUAAAUUGUAAAUAGCUAUCAGUAAAGUUAAGAACAUUUAAAAAACAGCAAUUAUAAGGACUCUGUUAAGCAAUUCUUUUUUGCAUUAGAUUUCUGAAAUGAGAUAAAACGCUAUUUUAAAAAACUAAUUAAUUUUCGCUGUUAACUCGGUCAAAAUAUUUUUUGAAAUUAUAUUCUUUUUUGUACUUGCUGGUACUAGAGGUUAUUUUAAAAGUACAAAAGAAGUUUGUGUUUAUGAGGGUUUCAUUGUGAUGAGCUUUUAUUAAACUUACAUGCACUUUAUUCCGUUCAAAUGGCUUUCAGCAAAUUUCACUCAUAUUUUGAUGCAGGGUAUUGCAAACAAACAAACAAACAAACAAAAAAACCAAAACCUUGUGUUCCUAUUAAUCAUGUAUGUCAUCAAUUAAAAGACCACAGACUUCUGGAAACUAUAUAUUGUAUGGUAACUUAUUUUGUUUGUUAAACUAAUUGGACAUUUCCAACAGAGGUUACAUGUGUAUGAUACACUUUUCUUGAAGGAAGCUG